CUGUAUGAGUGUGUGUGUGUGUGUGUGUCGGUGUCGGUAAGAGUGAGUGUUGUCACUGUGGUAUGUAUGAAUGCAUGCGUGUGUGUUGUUGUUCUUUUAGUGUGUGUGAGUGUUGUCACUGCGUCGCCUGUGUGUGUGUCGUUGUGUGUGUGUGUGUGUGUGUGUGUGUGUGUGUGUUCUUCAGUGAACAGCUUCUUUUCACCGAGAGAUGUAGUGCUGCUGGCGUACACGCAUGAGGACAGGACUGGGCGUAGGUGACCAGUGUGCUGUGCUGUGUGACGCGGUGGAGACCUCACCUCUCGCUGACCCCUACACUGACCAUCUCCAACCCAGUAGGACUGUGUGUGUGUGUGUUUGUGUAUGCUGAGCUGAGGGCUGCCCAACACAAUCACUCAGCCACAGCACAGCAGUGGACACUGAGAUCAGGACAACAGACAGGACAACAGACUUCAACAAAACAAACAACAACAACAACAACAACAUAUUGCGUUUCUAUAGCGCUGUAUCAAGACAACAGACUGCCUGUCCUCUGAGGAGAUUUAAGCCCCCAGCAUCACACCAACCCAACCCCAGCCCAGGUGUGUGUGUGUGUGUGUGUGUGUGUGUGUGUGUGUGUGUGUGUGUGUGCAGCCAUGCAUGUGAAGCUGGGCGUGUUCAGCUGGCUGCUGCUGUUGCUGCUGUGGACACUAGGGGGCGCCGGCGCGUCGCUGGUGAAGGUGAACCGCGGGCUGCAGGUCAAGCGCGGUCAGACGGCCGUCCUGCAGGAGGAGGACCUGCAGUUCCACAUCCCCCGGCAGAGGGACGCCUGCAAGCUGGAGGUGGUCCUCAACGAGCCAAUCACGCAGCGCGUAGGCACGCUCACGCCACAGGUGUUUGACUGCCACUUCCUGGCAGACGAGGUGAAGUACGUCCACAACGGCUGUCCAAUUCUGAAACAGGACACGGUUCUGUUACGCCUCUACAGGUUCACAGAAUCAGAGACGCACACAGAACUGUUCUCCCUGCGAGUGGAGAUCCUGGAACCCGACUGCAGCAUCAUCAAACUGGGCCCCAAGCGCUUGGAGGUUGUGGAGUUCUACGGCCUGUCGGACGUGCUGGACGGCAACGCGGUGACCUUUAACUACGAGCGCCGGGCCAACCUGGAGUGCCACGUGCGCAUCAUCACCCUCGAGUCCCAUCUGCCCACGCAUGGACAGCUGGUUACCGGGCAACCACGCGCCGUUGAGGCCAGAGGAGACGAGCCGCACAGCUUCGUACCGCUCCGCCAACAACUGGAUAACAAGGAGAGGGCCCGGUGUAAGAGUGAGGAGUGUCUAAAGGGCCUGAAGCUGGUGCAAAUCACCAGGGUUCCGUGCGACGACUUCCUGCGGAUGGGCAUUCGGUACCAGCACAUCGACCCGCCCACUCCAGACGUGGACUACAUCGCCAUCAGACUGGACCUGGUGGACACCCGCAGCAGCUCUAUUUACAAGUCGGAGCAGGCCUGGAUCCCGGUGUGGGUGCGGAACGCCAUGCGGAACCAGCCCCCCAAGGCGGCCUUCAUGUCCAUGUUCAUCCUGGAGGUUGACCAGUUCAUCAUGACGCCGUUGUCCACGGCGACGCUGGAUGCUGAGGACAACGAGACGCCCAAGCAGCGCCUGGUGUUCAACGUCACGCGGCCGCCCCGAGAGGGCUUCAUCACACACCUGGCUGACCACACCAAGCCCGUCUCAUCCUUCACCUGGACCGACCUCAACGGCAUGCUCAUCGCCUACCAGCCCCCCAACUCCACACACACACAGCGCAGGAACUAUGAGGUGGAGUUUGAGGCCCACGACUCCUACUUUGAGAAGAGCGUCCCCAUGACUGUCCACGUGUCUGUGCGCACCGCUGACACCAACGCUCCCAGAGUCUCCUGGAACAUGGGCCUCAGUCUGCUAGAGGGACAGUCUCGCCCAAUCACGUGGGAGCAGCUGCAGAUCAUGGACAAUGACAACCCCAAAGCCGUGCGUCUCAUCACCGUGGACGGACUGCAGCACGGCAGGCUGACUGUCAGAGGGGGCAAAGGCUUCAUGUUCACCAUCAGUGACAUCAAGGCUGGCGUGGUGCGCUAUCACCAUGACGAUAGCGACACCACCAAGGACUAUGUGGUGUUCCGCAUCACGGACGGCAUCCACCACACACGGCACAAGUUCCCCAUCAGCGUCCUGCCCAAGGACGACAGCCCGCCGUUCCUCAUCACCAACACGGUGCUGGAGCUGGCCGAGGGUCAAACCGCGCUGCUGCGGGGCUCUGUCCUGCAGGCCGCCGACACCGACUCCAGCGACGACUACAUCCUCUACAACGUCACACGGCCACCCCGCGCCGGAGAGAUCAUGAAGAUGCCGGGGCCUGGUGUCACAGGAUAUCCUGUGUCUCGCUUUCUCCAGAAGGAUCUUUUUCACUCAGUCAUCUACUACCGUCACCUAGGCAACGAGGUGUUCGAUGACUCCUUUGAAGUGGUGCUUUCAGACUUCCAUGACCCACCAAAUCUCUCAGAGCCUCAGGUUGUGGUGAUCGUCAUAAACCCUGUACCUGACCAGCCUCCUAAAGAGGCACCAGGUGUAGUACGACACCUGGUCGUCAAGGAGACGGAGGUGAUCCACCUGACGAAGAAGGAGCUCCACUUUAUCGACCAAGAGUCCCCUGACCUUGAGCUCACCUACACGGUCACCACACUCCCCUUCUUCACCAGUAACUAUGGGAGCCAAGACGCUGGCAGGUUGUUCCUGGUUGACAGCAUCCCAAAGUUCACCAAGGACCCGGAUGCUCCAGUCCUCAGGCUCUUCACUCAGCAUGCUGUGAACUUCUUGAAGGUGGCCUACAUGCCCCCCAUCCUGGACAUCGGGCUGCACCCGCAUCACGUCCAGUUUGUUCUCUCCGUCACCAACCAGCAGGGCACCACUGUCACCGGCAUCUGCUUCAACGUCACCGUGCUGCCCGUGGACAACCAGCCGCCACAGGUGUUGACCAAUUCAUUGCGCGUUGAGGAGGGGGGUGAGUGUUGGGUCAGUGAGGACCAUCUGAGCGUGUCUGACCCAGACUCCAGUGAGGAGCGCCUGAGGGUGCAGGUGAAGAGGCCACCCCAGCACGGAGCCAUCCAGCUCAACGGCACCCCCGUCAGGACAGGGCAGGCCUUCACCCUGCUCGACCUCAAGAGGCUCAAAGUGAGGUAUGUCCAUGACGGCUCAGAAAGUGUGCGUGAUGACGUGGAGUUCAUCGCCACAGACGGCAACAACACUGCAGAGUUUGUGUUGGACAUCAAGGUGACGCUGGUCAAUGACGAGGUGCCGGUCCUCAUGCCAGGCCUGAGGCCGACACUGGACUGCGCCGAGGGACAGGAAGUGGUCAUCAGCGUGGAGAAUCUCUACGCCACAGAUGCGGACAGCGAGGACGAGCGGCUGACCUACAUGAUCGCCCGGCAACCGUACUACGGGGUGGUGCAGCGGAACGGCCUGGUGGUGGACCGAUUCAGCCAGGCCGACGUCAUCGCUCGACUCAUCUCCUACAGACACACAGGACAGGAGAUCGGCCUGACACCACGCUACGACACCAUCACCGUGGUGAUCUCCGACAGCGAGGGGGAGGCGGUCCCCGCUUGUUGCUAUGAAACAGGAGCACAACACACGCCACAGCUGACACACACACUUCCUGUGUAUGACCUAAACAUCACAGUGUUUCCUGUGGACAACCAAGCGCCCACCAUCAGCACAGGUGAUGUGUUUGUAGUGGAUGAGGGGGGCUCGGCGACCUUGAAAGAGACACACCUGAAGGUGGCGGACCCCGACACACCUGAGGGUGACCUGGAGGUGGUCAUCCUGUCGCCGCCACAGGUGGGCUACAUCGAGAACAUCCUGCCCAGCCCGGGCUUCGAGAAGAGCAACAUGGGCAUCAGCAUCGGGUCGUUCCAGUACAGUGACCUGCUCCAGGGCCAUAUAAACUACGUCCAGUCUCGUCACCAGCGCAUGGAGCCCACACGAGACCAGCUGAUGGUGUGUGUGACUGAUCGGCCCCACGCCCUCCCCCACUCUCACAUCAUCAUCAACCCCACCAAUGACGAGGCACCAGACUUCCUGGCCCGCAACAUCACGGUGAGUGAGGGACAGGUGAAGGAACUGGACGCGUCCAUCUUUAACGCAGUGGACCUGGACGUUCCGAGGGACCGCCUGAAGUUCAGCGUGGUGCAGCCCCCUCAACACGGCUCCAUCGUUGGCAGUUACCAUGCCAACGAGGUGGCGCGGUUCCGGCGGCUGGUGCAGGAUGCGGGCGACGCAGGGGUGGUGAUGCGAGACUUCACCAUGGAGGAGCUGAAUAACGGUAUGACUCUGAUGUACAUGCACGAUGACUCUGAGAGCGAGCAGGACGGCUUUGACAUCGAGCUGUCAGAUGGAAAACACACACUCCAGAGACAUGUGUGUGUGAACGUGCUGCCCGUCAACGACGAGGAGCCUCAUAUCAUCAGGAGCACUGGUGCUGCAGUGGAGGUUGGUGAGUCCCGUUUGAUCUCCAGUGCAGUGCUCUACGCCCAGGACAAGGACACACCCCCUUAUGACAUCACCUAUGUGAUAGAGAGCGUCCCCUCUCAUGGGCUACUGCAGAGGAAGGUAGGGUCUGACUGGGUGAAGCUGUCUGUGGGGAUGAACUGCACUCAGGAGACAGUUGACAUGAACCAGCUGCGCUACGUGCACACCGGUCCCCCAGGGAAACACCGGCAGGACUUCUUUGUGUUCCACCUGCUGGAUGGACAGAACCAAUCUCCUGCCCAGCACUUUUACAUCGCCAUCAAGGACCUGGAGAAAGGAGACAUAGCGUUGAUGUUGCGUCCGGUGAAGGCUAGUCGCGGGGAGCGUGUGCUGCUGACCACAGACGUGCUGCUGGCGCUGGACGGGACUGACCAGCCGGAGGAGCUGCUGUACGCGCUCACAGCGCCCCCUAGCCACGGCCAGGUGGAGUACGUGCAGCACCCGGGCCUGCCCAUACACAGCUUCAGCCAGAUGGACAUCGCCGCACAGCUCGUCUGCUACAUCCACGACAACCGCGCCACGGCAACCAGGGAGUGGAUCAGGUUCGUUGUAAGUAACGGUAAGACGACACGUAACAGACUCACUGGAAUCUCUCUGUGGGCCCCAAUGGACCGGAUCCUCCCGUCGCUGGUGAAGAACGGCGGCUUGCGGGUUCCGCAGGGAUCCACGGUCACGCUGACCCCCGCCGCCCUGAGCCUGGCCGACCCCGACACGCCCCCCGACCUCCUGACCUUUACCCUCCACCGGCCCCCCCAGUACGGGACGCUGCUCCUGCAGGGCGAGUCUCUCGUCGCCAUAGCACUUCUUCAACCUUUGCAAGAGGCUGGUGUGGCCCUGCUCGGCCGCAGGAGAACCUCCCCGUGGGCCUUCAUCUUCUGACGUCGGCUCCACCACAACGGCUUCCUAUUGGACGGGAGGGUACAGACCGAGCCCGUGUUCUUCACCAUAGAGAUUGAGUCUCUGGACAACUCCGCUCCAGUGGUGGUUGUGCAGAAGACACUGUGGAAGGCGGAGCUUCUUAAAGAUGGGCGCUAUGGGAUCUUCCUCUCAUCCAAUGAGCUGCAGGCUCAGGACGCCCACUCUGACGACCAACAGCUGCUCUACUACAUCAUCCGAGCCCCCUACUUCGGCUACCUGGAGAACUCCACCACAGGUGAGUUUGUCCGUGUGCUGUUCUCCCAGAGAGACCUGAGCAGGAGGACCCUCCUCUAUGUUAUAGACUCCGCCCCGGAGGCUUUGACUGACAGCAUGGAGUUCCAGGUGGCUGACCUGCUAGGCAACAGAAGCCCCGCCCACACGCUGGUGUUUAGCUGGUCAUCGGUGGGAUUUGCCCAGACUGAGUAUCACUCCUGUGAGGACCAGGCUAGCGUCCCGCUAGCGCUAACCAGGAAGGGCAACGUGCAGGAGUCGUCUUUCGUCACAGUCAAGGUGCGAGAGAUCUCAGCGGUAGCAGGAAAGGAUUUUAAACCCCCUCCUUCCAGCCUCGUACAGUUCGAUCCUGGCGUGUCCAGUCGUAGCUGGCGGGUGGAGGUGGUGCAGGACCAGCUGGAGGAGGCGGAGGAGGAGAUGGAGGUGUCUCUGACCACACCAGUGGGUACCGUGCUGAACCACAACACCAGAGCCCUGCUCAAGAUCACAGACACAGGGGGAGGUACACACACACACACACACCCCCACCCAGCCACCCACCCACACACACACACACACACACACACCAGUGGGUACCGUGCUGAACCACAACACCAGAGCCCUGCUGAAGAUCACAGACACAGGGGGAGGUACACACACACACACACACACACAAUCACAGACACAGGGGGAGCGGUGCGGGGGCGCUUGGGUCAGAGGGGGUUGCUGGGGGGGUCUCAGGUGGAGCCUAGGCCUGUCCCCAAACACGCCUCCAUCCAGGUGGAGACCCUGCCGCUCACCCAGGGUGACGGAGCCGCUCCACACACACACGUGCGGGGCGACGGAGCACCACACAGUGACCCCUCCACCAACAGGAAGAGGCUGAGAACCAGUGGCAAUGGCACAAAGAUCCCACCCUCCUCCAUGCACAGGAAUGGCUCUGAAGUUAUCUACACGUAUCAUGGCGUUGUGUCGAUGCAUGUAGAGGAUGCCUCCAUCUCUCAGGCCGGACGCAGAGCCAGUGUGCAGGUCACCAACAGGGGGCAGCACUCUGACAUCAACACGGCCAACGCUCCACCACACACACCCAAGGACUCGGCACACACACCCAAGGACUCGGCACACACACCCAAAGCCAGAGCGAACACACACAAGGCUCCUGGAGACGGGGCAGACUUGGCUAAAGAACCCAGGAAGUCAGCCUCCGCUAGCCAGAAAGACAACAGCAGACCCCCUCAACAGGGUCCUAAAGCCUGCAUGCUAGAGCUGAUCAUGUGUGUUAAUGUGGUGAAUGCUCAGAAGUGUCCUCAGGGCUGGACACAUCAUGGCGGUCACUGUUACCUUCUGAGCAGCGACAAGAAGGACACAUGGAGUUCAGCCGCACGCGCAUGCAGAGAGAGUUUCCAUGGGAACCUGGUGAGCGUGCUCUCGAAGGCUGACAUGAACUGGCUCUGGGACUUCAGUGGUCGGAAGCCUUUCUGGAUCGGCCUUAACGACCGCGAGAGCAGGGGCCGCUGGGAGUGGGUGGGCGGCGAGCCGGUCAGCUACACCAACUGGAGGCGGAGCCCGCCCAGGAGCAGGGAGGGAAACAGGAAGUGCGUGCUGGUCUGGAGGCGGAGCAAGUGGCACAUCCGUGACUGCAAGAAGGGCAAAGGUCACCGCUACAUCUGUUACAUCAGAACGUGAGCCCAGCGACCUCUGACCCCGAUGACCACACACGCACAGAACACACUCAUCAGAACGUGAGCCCAGCGACCUCUGACCCUGAUGACCACACACACACACACAACACACUCAUCAGAACGUGAGCCCAGCGACCUCUGACCCCGAUGACCACACACGCACAGAACACACUCAUCAGAACGUGAGCCCAGCGACCUCUGACCCUGAUGACCACACACACACACAACACACUCAUCAGAACGUGAGCCCAGCGACCUCUGACCCCGAUGACCACACACACACACAACACACACUCACUGGCAUUUACUCCGCAGCGGUUACUGAAGGUGACCACCCUGGGUCUUACCUGGGUCUUACCCUGGGUCUUACUGAAGGUGACCACCCUGGAUCUUACCUCAGAAUGUGACCCCUCAACAUCACACAGGACAACACACCGCUACGUGACCGUUAACAACACACCGCUACGUGACCGUUAACUCUCUAAACUCUCCUGUCUCACUCUCAUAUGACUACAGGACUGUAAACUCUCCUGUCUCACUCUCAUGUUCCACUACAGGACUCUAAACUCUCCUGUCUCGCUCUCAUGUUCCACUACAGGACUCUAAACUCUCCUGUCUCACUCUCAUGUUCCACUACAGGACUCUAAACUCUCCUGUCUCACUCUCAUGUUCCACUACAGGACUCUCUAAACUCACCUAUCACAGAGUUCCCAAAGGACUGGACAGCCAAUAUAAUGUCCAUCCUGUGUCCAAAUUGUUACACAACAUUUAUCAACCAUAGAAAUGAAUACAUUUGAAUUCAACCUCCCACGUCCUACCACCUUCCAUUAAUCAUUUCAAAGCAGAAAAUGUGUGAGAAAACUGCAAUUCAUUUACUGGUUUGUUUUAAAUGGGACACUUGAACUGCUUUACAAAAACAACUCCUGUGUGAGUGUGUCUGGUGCAUAUUUAUUAUCCCCAGUGUGUGUUACACCGAGUGUGUGUUAUCUCCAGUGUGUGUUAUCCCCAAUGUGUGUUUCAUGGGUCCAUGAGGCCAAACACCGCACACACACUUCGCUGUACAGAACUCUGUGUAGAACUGUGUAGAUGUCUGUGUUGGUGUGCGGCUCUGUGUAUACGUGUGUAGAUGUCUGUGUUGGUGUGCGGCUCUGUGUAU